GAGAGUAUGUGGGAAAUGGUCGUGUUUUAGACUUAAAAAAAAACUAUAUCAAACGUAGUUAUUUAAGUUAGUUGUUCAUAAUUAAGUCAUUUGUGUUAUCUAUAAAAAAAACCGUGCCUUUCGUGUGUGUGAACCUUCAUUAGAUAUCUAAGACAGAUUUGUGCCCAGGGAGGAAGAUGACGGUUUUUAUCUACGAUAGUGUUAUGGUUUCUGUAUAAUAGUGUUUAUUAUUCAAAAUGACUACGACUACAAAAUCGGCUAAAGUAUCUUUGAAACCGAUUGAAGUACCUAAAGCUUUGCAAGAAGGAGAGAAAUUUAUUAAGUGGGAUGAGGACUCAGGGACGGGCCUCCCAGUCACUCUACGAGUGGACCCUAAGGGGUUUUUCUUGUACUGGACCGAUCAGAACAUGGAGGUGGAGAUGCUGGACAUUGCAACCAUUAGAGAUGUGAGAACUGGAGUUUAUGCUAAAUUGCCAAAGGAUCAGAAGACGCGGAAUGUGGUCCUUAUUGGAUCCCAGGGGUCGCUGGAGGAGAAAACGGUCACCGUGUGCUACGGCGCUGACUUUGUUAACAUCACCUUCGUGAAUUUCUGCUGCACGAGGAAGGAGAUAGCGAAGAUGUGGACGGAGGAGCUUUUCACUUUGGCGUACAAUCUGAAUCAGUUCAACAAUCCUACGAUAAAGUUUCUAGAAAAGCUGCACACGAAGAUCGUCCUGAAAGCAGACAAAUCAGGGAAAAUACUAGUGAAGAACAUCGUCCGCCUGUUCGCACAAAACAAGGAAGAUAAGAAGCGCGUUGAAAAAGCGCUGAGCGAGUCUGGGCUACCGACGGGGAAGAACGACACCAUCAGUCAAUCCAAGUUCCAGUUUGAGGAUUUCUUUGCCUUCUACAAAAGCCUCACCCAGCGAACGGAAGUUCAGAAGAUCUUUAAUAAUCUCACCGACGGGAAGCCGUACUUGUCGGCCAACCAAUUGGUCGAUUUCCUCAACGACGUACAAAGGGAUCCACGUUUAAAUGAAAUUCUUCAUCCUUACGCCGAUAUUCAGCGAGCAAGAGAUCUUAUAAAGGCUUACGAGCACAACAAAUAUCACCAGCAGCGCUCGCAAUUAACGUUCGACGGAUUUUUAAGGUUUCUAAUGUCGGAAGAUAAUCCAAUAGUGGCUCCGAACAAACUGGACCUGUGUGACGACAUGGACCAGCCGCUCGCGCACUACUUCAUCAACAGCUCGCACAACACGUACCUCACGGGCCACCAGAUCACGGGGAAGUCGAGUGUGGAGAUUUACAGGCAGGGACUUCUAGCGGGUUGCAGGUGCGUGGAGCUGGACUUUUGGAAUGGCAGAACAGAAGAACCCGUCAUUGUUCAUGGCUACACAUUCGUCCCAGAGAUCAGCGCCAAAGAAGUCUUGGAAGCGAUAGCCGAGAGUGCGUUCAAGACCUCCGACUAUCCCGUAAUACUGAGCUUCGAGAACCACUGCAACCCGCGCCAGCAGGCCAAAAUUGCCAAUUACUGUAGAGAUAUAUUCGGAGAAAUGCUUCUCGACAAAGCACUAGAUUCUCAUCCACUCGAACCAGGAGGAGAGCUACCGCCGCCAGCGAUGCUCAAGAACAAAAUUAUAAUUAAAAACAAGAAGAAACAUCAUCACCAUCACAAGAAAGAGGAGCCCGUGGUGGAAGAGGGCGAUAAGAGCGAAGCAGUGCCGCAGGGGAACGGAGAGAUUGCGCACGGGCCGCUGGUCCGCCAGGGCUCGAAGGAGUCGUCGUCGUCGUCGGAGUCCGAGAGCUCCAGCGAGGAGGAGGGCGGCGGGGAGGCGGAGGGCGCGGCGGAGGAGGCGCGCGAGACGCACGCGGCCGCCGAGAUCUCCGCGCUCGUCAACUACGUGCAGCCCGUGCACUUCUCCUCCUUCGAGAACGCCGAGAAGAAGAACCGAUUCUAUGAGAUGUCAUCGUUCGACGAGAAGCAGGCGACCACGCUGCUCAAAGAGCGGCCGAUCGAGUUCGUGAACUACAACAAGCACCAACUGUCGCGCGUGUACCCCGCGGGGACUCGAUUCGAUUCGUCGAACUUUAUGCCACAGGUAUUCUGGAAUGCAGGUUGCCAGCUCGUGGCUCUCAAUUAUCAAACGUUAGACCUCGCGAUGCAGCUAAAUUUGGGAACAUUUGAAUACAAUCGUCGAUGUGGAUAUCUACUUAAACCGGAAUUUAUGAGAAGAAAGGAUCGUCGCUUGGAUCCGUUCGCGGAAAGUACAGUAGACGGUAUAAUCGCCGGCUCGCUCUCGGUGAGCGUGGUGUCCGGGCAGCUGCUGACCGACAAGCGGACGGGGACCUAUGUGGAAGUGGACAUGUUCGGUCUGCCGGCCGACACAGUCCGGAAGAAGUUUCGGACGAAGGUGGUUCCGAACAAUGGCAUCAAUCCCGUGUAUGGAGACGAGCCGUUUGUGUUCAAGAAGGUGGUGCUGCCCGAGCUGGCCAUGCUGCGCAUCGCGGCGCACGAGGACAGCGGGCGCCUGCUGGGCCACCGCGUGCUGCCCGUGCUGGGCCUGUGUCCCGGCUACCGCCACGUGGGCCUGCGCGCCGAGCUGGGCCUGCCGCUGCCCGCCAGCCUGCUGCUGCACGUGCGCGUCAAGGACUACGUGCCCGACCGCCUGUCGGAGCUGGCGGAGGCGCUGGCCAACCCCAUCAAGUACCAGAGCGACAUGGAGAAGCGCUCGCACCAGCUGGCCGUGCUCACGGACGACACGGACGAGCCCGCGCGCGCCGAGCCCGUGCGCCGCCCGCUGUCGCACCUCGGGGCCGCCACGCGUCCAGAUUGCAGUAUGGACGGCAGCCCGAACAAAGUGGACACCAGCAUAGAGAAGAUUCCGAACGAGACCGAGAACAGCCAGCAGCCGACUGAUCCCGAAAAAGACACUCAAGGUGAAAAAGACGAAGCGGAGACGAAGUGGAACGGAAGCGGAAACACGGAGGAGGACUUCACGGAGGCGCUGGACGCGCUCCUGAACAGCAAAGUGGUCCGGGAGAAGAGAGCCGAGCUGGCGCGGAAGCUGGAUGCCCUGAGGCGGAAGAGCGCCAGGACCAAACCCGUGUCCGCCAAGUUCUUCGUCAAGAGGCUGUCCACGCGAAACAUGAGCGAGCCGGCGCCCGCCGACGACGCCGACGCCGGCGCCGCCGAGAGGGAGCUGCGCCUGCGGUACCACCACGCCAUAUACGCGGCGCUGGAGAAGACCCUGCGCAACGAGCAGCAGCAGCAGAUGAAAGCUUUGACGGACCUGCUGGAGGCGGAAAAAAAGGAAAUUUUGAACAAAUUGGCGAACUCCCGGAAGGAGGACGUCAAGGCGCUGUCGAAGAAGACCAACCGCGACAAGGACGAGAUCCUGAGGAUAAAGAGGGAGAUCCACUCGCAGUCGGUGGAGCGCGGCGUGGCCGAGUGCUCGCGCCUGGAGCACGCGCACGCGCGCCGCCGCGAGCAGCUGGCGCGCGCGCACGAGCGCCGCCACCACGCGCUGCUGCUGCGCCGCGACCAGGAGCUGCUGGAGCUGGAGCGCCUGUGCGGCGGCGCGCCCGACGGGUAGGCGGCCGCCGCGCGUCUCGGAAUCUGUGAUAUUACCACCUAAGGAGGAGGCCGCCGGCGACGCGCGCCCCGGAGCGAGAGUCGGAGUCGGCGCGGCGAAUGUUUUCCAUUUUGUUCGUUCGCAUCGCGGAGUGGCCGGUGGUGUGAGUUUAAUAUUAUUUCGUAGCCGUUCCGUAGGCGUGGCUCGUAGAUUGACAUUCCAAUGCUUAGUUCGUUACGCGCGAUGAAAUCUAGUCUGCCCUGAAGAUCUGAUCGUUUUUCGAAAACGAACUCCGAGCUCAAACCGUAAGGUGUACGGUAUAGUGUGUAUGUAUGGAACGAGCGAGUGACUCGACCGGCUCGCCGGUAGACUCUGUGAGUGAUAGUGUUCUUUCGAAUUUAGUGGAAUCGCUUCAAUCAAGUUUGCACAAGUUCUCAUUCGGGGAUCGCGGCCCCAUCUGCGCCGACGGCGCGGCCGGGGCGCAGGUGUGGCCGCAGCCCGGCAGCGCGCGGGGCGCCCCCGCGGUCCCCGCUGUCGUCCCUCGAUGCGCGCCGUAGGUUAAUGAUAGUAACGUAAAAGCUUCCAUAUUUUAGUGAGUAGGUCGAGACUUUCUCUGAUUUUUUAACCUUUUUAGUUGUACCGUGUUAUUUUAAACGUCAGUCGAGAAACUAGUAGAUUUUUUUUAAACCAAUUUAUUUGUAUCGAUUGUGAAACGAUCACUAAAACAAAAGAUGUGAUCAUAUCAUGGUCGACUCGCAAUCGGCCCCAAGUUCGAGUGUCCGAUUUGUCCGCGUGAGGGACCGAAUGUUACCACACACUGCUGCCACUGGACAGUGAUGUGACCUCAUGUAUCUUUUUUACUAUUUCACAUGCUAUGUUAGAAGCUGUUCAAUUUACUUAAGUAGUCAAUGAUGUUGCCCUCGCGAGCUCAAGAUGAACAUUAUCACGACAAGUUUGACGGAGUCGUGAUCUGUGUAAUAUAUCUGUAAUGAAAGUCCACCGUUCGCACAAUAAUACUUUUAGGUAACUUCGGUCACAAAGGUUGUUACUCAAAUUUGUUUCUACUGUACGUGUUGUAUAUAACUGAAUAUAUUCAGUCGCCGCUGUGUAGUGGAUUUUUUUAUUAAAAUAAUAUAUGCAUUGCUCAAAUCCUUUAAAGUGAAAAUAUAAUUGAUAGGACGAUAUAUUUUAAGUUUUAUCUCUAUAGGAAACGAUUCUCGUGCACAAAAAUAUCUUCGGAUAUCGAUGUGAUCGUUUGUGUGAUGGCUAGAGAAUGUACGAUUAUGUUGUAUAUACAGUAUUAUCAUAAUUAUAAGCUACGUCACGACUGUCUUUCGAAUUCGUUCCCUUAAAGUAACCCGUAAUGUUAACGAUUGUCACAAAUAGAAGCCAUCACGCGGACAUUGUAAUAUUGUAUGAUUUAAUUAAAAUAACGCGUAUUCCGAUAUAAUAAUAUGGCAUCUUAUCUUUAAUCUUUUAAUAAGUUAACUAGUUUAUUAAUAGAGUUUCCUUGAUUAUUAUCAAUUUACAAAUAAGUUCCGUCGUAAAUGAAAUGAAAUGUGGCAAUAUUAGGUAUAAAUACGAGGACAGCACGCUUAACUCGUAAGUCGUUAUGUGUUCGCGAUAUGUGGAAAUAAUUUUCACCUGCAAUAAUUAUUUAUGGUCGGGCUCGUCGGCGAGCGAGCUCAGCGGAACACCCCUGUCGGCGCUGCGCGGCCUCGCCAGCGGGCUGACGAGAGUGGGGUCGCCAUUAGAGUAAUGGGACAAGUCGUGCCACGUUAAAGGAGAUUAAAUAUUUACAAUUUCGUAAUUCUUUCCCGAAUUUACAUUUCUAUUUAAUCUAACAAACAAAAACAGGGAAUCUCUUGCUCUCUCAUGAAAUAUUCUACCGCCUAGUGAAUGUUACGUACGCUUGAGGGAGCGUGUGGGGGUGUGAGUGGAGCGCUAGGGACACGUUAAGUGGAGCCUUGUAUGACAGCAGCAUUUGAAACACAACUCACACAAAAGGCUUCACGUCCAGGUGGCUGCAUUUUAGAAACGAUUAAUCAUUAUUUAUUGUAUGUGUGAUAAUUUAUUCUCUAAAUGUAUAAAUGUCUGCAGCGCAUCAUAAUUUAAAGUAAUUUCGUAAAAGCAAUAAUGAGGCCAAAGUGAGGACCAAAGUAGAAUCUGUCACGAGUCCUCCUUAUCCCACUCUGUCAGGGUUAAACUUACUUUAAACUUUUGCGAUCUUCGUUAAACAGCCGUGUCCGAUACACGGACUGGAGGAUAAGUUCUGCGCAAAUUUGGCACUCGAGUCACUUGGGAUUCUAUAUACAUAGAUAUAGUUUUAACUGUAUUUUGGUCGAGUUUGGUUUCAAACUAUAUUUUUUCGUUCGCGUCGCUUAGACUGCAGUCAGUUUACAGUACAGUACUGUUAUAUCGUUGACGUUGGGUUUCGCAUUAUUUUAUAUAGUUUUUUAUUUUUUAUUUUAAGAUAGUAAUGGCAGCCAUGUUUAAAGAGAGAUUUAAAAUAUAGCACGUAGCGCUGCGGUGCGCACGUGACGUGGAGCCGCGGAGCGCCCGGCGCGGCGACCCGCGGCGCGUAGCUAGUGAGUAAUUAACGUUACGAGUAGUUUGAUCGAAUGUACGCGACACACGUUCUUGCCUUGAAUUAAAAUAAUACUUGUCAUUAGUAAGUAGGUAUGGUGUAUCUUCUAAUCGAAGUAAAAUUACUGUUACUGAUAUUGAUAGUCUUCCUUCCUUUGUCAAAUAUAUCGAAGGCCUAAUUGAUACUGUCGGUACUUUCUCUUUUAAUAACGCGUCGGUAUGCCCCGCCACGUCGUCUGCGAAGCAAUCGUUGACUUAUCGAUGGUUGCCUAUCGUCGCAUCUUAUGAGAAAUUAAAAAAAACAUUUUCCUCGAUUAAAAUGCGUUAGUAUUUCUCGAUUUACGUUUCACUGUUAACUCUUUGUAGAAGUAACAUUAGUUCGUGUAAUAUUUGAAUAUACAACAUGAAGUAUUUAUACGCAACAAAUUUGAUUAUAAUAUUUACUAAUAAUACCUAAGAUAAUAAAUCGCGUUUAAAGACGACAUUAACUUUUACACGUGUAAUAACGAUACAAAGUCGCAAGUCUGUCGUAAUCUUACUUUAUCGUGUAAUCGCUGCGAAAAAUCUAAGUACUUAAUAUUUUAUAGCGUCGUAUACUUCGCCUGCUAGCGUGUAAGCGUCGUCUAGUAGAUCAUCAGCUGCAGCUUCGGUUUGCUCGUAACAUAUACACAUACGUAUUCUACACGUAAGCGUCUAACUUUACUCCUAAACUAUGUUUACAUUUUGUGACAAUGUGAAAAUCAAGCGUUCCGCACAGACACGAUCGUACAAAGAUUUUUACUUUCCUUAAUUAUAUGUCUACCAUCAGUCUAAACACUCGUAGGAAUAAGAUAAACGGUGACUCUCACUGCUGAGUCGGUCUUUUGACCUCUCGACGCCUCACGUGUCCGUCGCGGCUCGCAGCCGUGCGGCGCCGCGCAGUCGCCGCCGCGCAGUCGCCGCCUGCCGCCCGCCCCGCGCCG